AGACGUGCUGGCAACGUGCGUCGCAGUCGCAGCAUUUUCCGAUUCGGGUUCAGAUCGAGAUUCGGGUUCGGAUUAACACUCGCGCAGUGCCAGUUUUGCAGGGGUUUUGUGCGUGAUUGGAAAACGUGUCGCCUGAACGUAAUAGAAAAGUGCACUGUUUGCAGGUGCAUGCAAAUGUUCAAGAGUGCAGCGUGAAUCCGCUGACGGCAAUAGCAACCAAUUAGAAGAUAAUCUGAAGCUCGCAUUUCUACAACUUGUUCUUCGUGAAGUGACCCAGAAAAACACUGCUGAAUACUAGGUCAUAGAGCCAAAAAACAGAAAAAAAAAACCGAAGCAAAACAAAAACGGAACAAAUCGGCAUGAACUUGGAACAAAACGAAUCUGGACAAUUCUAAUUGAGCCAGCAGAGUCGCGAGUGUUUGCUUUUCUCACCUGGCCAGCAACUUCUCACCUGAUGACCCAACAUGAAGGGCAUCUGCGGUGAGCAGCUCAACAAUUGCAUGCUCCUGGGCGACUGUGAGAAUAGUGAACAUGGCACAGAGCUGCCCGGUGAUUUUACCGGAGAGCCCGUGGAAACGGAGUCCGGAGGCGGAAUGGGCGGUAGUCUGGCCCUAGCCGCCCGUCGAAUCCGAAGCCGCCAGGUGCACAGCAUGGCCGUGCGAUCGGGCAGUGCGUAUGAUACCCUGGAGCGACCAUAUCGGCAUGACAAAUGUCGUGGUCGUUGGGCCAAAUCGGCGGACUUUUACUUUGCCAGCUGCACACAUGCCUUCAGUUCGCUGAUCUUCUCGGAGCUCUCCACCUUUGGAAUACUUCAUGGCGGUUGGCUUUUGUUUAUAAUCGCCUACCUGAUGGGAAUGCUAUUUUACUCGCUGCCAAUAUUUUUGAUCCAAGCCUUUUUGGGACAGUUUUCAAGUUCUGGAACCAUAUCAGCAUUUCGCGUGGCGCCCAUAUUUAAAGGCAUUGGCUACGCCAUUCUGCUUCUCAAUCUGGGAACGCUCACCUAUUACAGCAUUGGAGCUGUGGUGCCCCUCAUCUAUACCGUGAAUUCAAUACACCCAGUGAUACCCUGGAUGAGUUGCAACAACAGUUGGAAUACCCAGGAGUGUUCCUUGCACGAGAACUACGACGUCGAUGACUAUAGGGUUGAUCCUCAUUCCACGGUAGAGUUUUUCAGAUCGACGAUUGCCUCCACUGCAAAAGGUUCCACUUCCAUGAGCAUAUCGUGGUCCAUGCUCAUAGGCGUUUUGUCCAUUUGGCUGGUGGUUCUGGCCCUGCUGCUCAAGCCAGUUGCUUUUAUUGGGAAAGUUCUGCGAUGUUCUUGCGUGCUGAUGUUCGGCUUCUUCGUCGCUGUUUUCUUAUACUUACUUAUUCACGAGCAAGUCACGUUUGAUACCCUGCAUUAUUAUUGGAUGCCCCAGUUGGAUAGCUUUGACAGCAUCCUGGCAACGGCUCGCACCGCCCUCCUGAUGGCCGGAGGAGCCUUGGGGCCCGGUUGGGGCAGUAUCAUAACCUUGUCCAGCUACAACAACUUUCGCAGAGAUGCCGAAAGACUGAGUAUCUGGGUGUGCCUUACUCAUAUUACCAUUGGAUUAAUGGGACUGCUUUGUUGCAAUGUGGCCCACGAUCACUUCGAGGAUCACGUGGGUAUGAUGCCAUUACAUGUGGAUGAGAAGCAUCAUAUGCAGUUCCUGUAUCUCUGCUUCUCCUACUUGUUUGGACGGUUUACGACGACUCCAAAUCUCUGGGCAUUUCUGUUCUUUGGCAUGAUAUUUUUAUCAGAACUAUGUGCCUUGAUCAUUCAAAUGAUGUCAGUUGUUACUGCCUUGUUCGAUGAGUUCGAGACACUGCGUUCAAGAAGAAUUCUGGUAAUUUCAUCGCUGGUCUUCUGCCUCACAGCCUUCUCUGUAUAUUUUUGUACUCAGUUGGGCUUUAGUCAGCUGACUCAGCUGCCAAAUUUGGCGGUGUUUACACACUUGCUUAUUUCGGGAAUCCUUGUGCUGAUGACCACUUGGGUUUAUGGACGCGUUCGUUUCCAGUGCGACUUGCAGUUUAUGUUAGGCAAAACGAUCUCAAGUUUCAAAAUUUUCUUUAUACGCUUUGCCACGCCCAUUUUUCUGGGCCUGUGUCUGUUCCAACUUACCUAUUUGUUUACGCGUGAUCGCAUACACGACGUCCUGAUUUAUGUGAGUCAGGGCUUGAUUCUCCUUACGGCUAUGUCUUAUAUGGUUUACAAGGUAUGCCGGACGAAUGGCGAUUGGCGCCAGCGAUUGCAACAGUGCCUCGCACCACAUGACUGGCAUCCGGUGGAUGCGGACAACCGGCGAUUCUACGAGGAAAUCAUGGGCAUCUCGGAGAUGCUGGUUAUAGAUGCCAAUGCCAACACCACAUAGUGCCUAAAUAUCGAAUACUCCCUAGAUCAAAACUCAAUACUUACAGCGUCGUCACUUGACAAAUGAACUGAACUGAACUCACUUUUAUUAUACACCCAUACACCCGGUCACAUUCACACUCGCAAAAAAUACAAUAACAAAUACGCACACUAGUAUAUAAAUAAGCGGAUCAAUUGGUAAUGGCGAUUGUUAGUUGUUGUAACGAAGUUGUACUGAUAUUUUCCAAAUGCUAGCUAUAGAGAACAAUAUACUGGUGAUAUUUAGUAGUUUCCUACUAAAAUGUUCAACAAGCUUCGGCCAAAAAUAUUGUUAUGAACUAAUAAAAUUGUACCUUUUAGGCA